CGGUUGUGACACCAAAGAAGAAGAGUUUUGUUUACUAGAGGAACGUAGUAGCGGAAAUGUCUCUGUUUGGAUGGAGAUCGUGUAAAUAAACUUAGGAUAUUGUUGUUACUUCUCCUACACAGCUAGUCUGAGGUGAUUAGAUUUCAGGAUGCGGUGUGUUUAUGGAUGUAAACAUCAUGUACUGGGUUACUUAUAGUCAUUUAUACACGAAGAGCGGCUUAAGUGAUGGUGGUGUCGUUGGUGUGCCUGUGUGCACGGGAAGUGGUCAGUGAUCACAGCUUAUCGGCUGCAUGGCUGAGCUGUGUGCCGAGAGAGCUGUACAGACCGCUGCUGGACGCGGCGCUCGCUCGGUGUCGCCCGCUGACCAUCGGGGAGCUGGUGCAGCGCUGGCCUGAGCGGACUCUCAGCUUCCGAGGACCGAGAAAACGUGACUAUCAGCCACCGAACCGGCUGUGUGUCCAGGCCCUGCUGCUGGCUGUGGUCAGGGGAUUUUCAGAUCAGAGGUGUCGCCUGCAGCUCCUGGACCUCUGUGGUCUGCAGAGUGAGGAUGGUCACUCGGACGAUGCCAUGGGUGGCUGGUCCCUUACCGUGGCUUUGUGCUCCACGCUGAUUCAGGCACGAAAUGCCACCUCCCGGAGCAGACGAGACGUCCGAGAGAAGAAAAAGAGAGGGAUGGAGAUAGAGCGGGACGGUGUGGCGAAACGAGACCGAGCCGGACUUAAGAAGAAGGAGGAUGGGGUGAAGAUGGAUUGCAGAGAUAAUGCAGCACCUGAACAAGGUAUUCCGUCUCCAGAAGAGGAGAACGUAAAGGGCGUGAGGAGGAGGAUGGAGCUGCAAAGAAGAAGGGGAGCUCAGCCACAGGAGAUUCCCAGCAGAGAUGACGUUCUGGUGGACAUCAGGGCUGAUCUCUUUGUCAACGCGCGAUCCUGGGAACGCGUCAGCAGCACCCUAAAACUUUCUGGCCCACUUCGGAUUCACUGUCGCUUCCUGCGAGUGGAGGAGCUUCCUGCGUCUACCAUUGCCUCCCUGCUGCACCUGCUGCCCCAGGAGGAGCUCCUCGGUGUGGACUUGCGCUACUCCAGCCUAGGCAUGUCUGGGUUAGCAUCGCUGUUGCCCCGCUUGGCUUGGUUUCCUCGACUCGGCUCGCUCCGGCUACACUACUGCAACCUGGACAUGCUGCGUGCUCGGCCUGGCCAGCAGGAGGCACUGCAGGAAGUGUCUCGAGGGCUCGGAGGGUUGAAGAAGCUGCGCAGGUUGAGUCUCACCGCUCUUCGUCUUCCGGGACACCUGCGCCUGCUGCUCAGCUCUCUGUCGGAGCCUCUGGAGUCUCUGGAGCUACCGUACCUCAGUCUGACAUCUGGUGACAUGGCGUACCUCUCACGCAGCCCUCAUGCAUCGUCACUGACUGAGCUGGAUCUGAGUGAAAACAGGCUGGACGAGUCGUCUCUUCACUCCCUGCGCUAUCUCCUCGCCCGGGCCGAACACUGCCUGACACGCCUCUCUCUGUGCGGCUGUGGACUUUCAGACGGGCCCUUGGGGCAGCUGCUGCCUGCUCUAGGGCAAUGCCAUGCCCUCCGCAGCCUCCGUUUGGCACUGAAUGCGCUCUCCAGGGCAGCGCUGGUGGAGUUGGCACGGACCGCAGCAGGCAUCGGCUCCCUAAGGCUCCUCCUCUACCCAAACCCGCUGGAGGAGUACGAGCCUGGGCUGCCCCCUCUACCCUCCAGCGCACAGCUCCUCGACUGGCCUCUUAUCGAAGAAUCGCACGUUAAAGAGGUCACACUGAUGCAGCUGAACGAGGUUUUGAGAGCCAAAGGACGUACGCAGGACCUCUUAAUGACCUCCGACCUGAUGAAAUACAGCACUGACCUAGCAAUGGAUGAUUAAAGGGAUAGUUCAGCCAAAAAGGAAACUGUACAGUUUAUUUUGAGAAGGAUUUACAAGGCUAAUGUAGAACCAGAAGCUGACUUGGUAUGAAUUUAAAACUGUGCAUCAUGAUAAAGUGUAGUACCUGGUGGCUAUAAGCUUUCACUAUCUGUUAGCUUAUGGCCACAAGUUGCUAAAAGUCUGGCUAAAUUAUUCUUUUAUCAGCUCAUAACCCACAAGUCUUGUGUAGGUCUGACAGUCGGGCUUCAGGCUUUGUGUCUGGCGCUCAUGUUGACGUAAGUUAGGUGCCUACGGUCUGAGAAAGCCGACUAUCUUCGCAGUAAGCAGUAAGUGCACCUCGGCAUGAGACUGGUGGUCAUAGACCUUCAGCUUGUUAAAACAUCCAUCAUCCAAAGCGAGGCAUUCUUGAAAUGGCAAUCAGCAUACAGAGUGAUACAGAGAGGAUAAUCUUUAUCCUGCUGAGAUGAACACAAAGCCCAUACAGACAGAUACAUGCUCAUGAUCAGAAAACAACAAUAAGAACAAAAAUUAUCGUAACAAUCUAAAUGUCUUUUGGCACUUUUAUCCUACAGAUUUCUCCGAGUCUGUCGCCAUCCAGUAAAGGAGGCGUGGCCUCUGUGUGUGUCAGAUUCAGUGAAUUAGGCGUGGCCUCUGUGUGUGUGUCAGUCUCAGUGAAGGAGGCGUGGUCUCUGUGUGUGUCAGAUUAAUUGAAGGAGGCGUGGUCUCUGUGUGUCAGAUUAAUUGAAGGAGGCGUGGUCUCUGUGUGUGUCAGAUUAAUUGAAGGAGGCGUGGUCUCUGUGUGUCAGAUUCAGUGAAGGAGGCGUGGUCUGUGUGUGUGUCCUCAGUGAAGGAGGAAUGACCCAGUGUCAACAUCACAAUAUAUUUAAACUGCACUAAAAAUGGUAUCUUGUUUAACUGUCCACAAUCACAGCAGACUGUAGCUGACGUCAAGGCUUAGAAAUAGCGUGUUCACGUUAAACGAGUGAAUAUUACUCUUUUUCAGACUUUUUUUGAUCUCCACAGUGAUGCUGACAUCAGAGGGAUGUUGUACCUCACACACCUUCAUGAAAUCAGCUCAACAUCAGUGUAGCUCCGGAUUUACUCACUCGGUUCACUACAAUCACAUCAAUUAACUCUGAUCCUUUUACUUCACAGAUCUCCGAGCGCGUCUGUGCAACGUGCCAAAGAAUUGUGAUGACAUUGUGUGUACAUUUGUACAGUUUCAGCACAAUCACAUACUGUUCUAUUUAUCUCCAUCCAUAAGUGUGAAAGAAUGACCGGAUCCAGAACUAGACUUUUAUUCUGUAUUUCCUGCUUUUUAAUAAAUACAAACCAAAGUGUUUCUCACCACAAACAAAA